GGGCAAAACUAAUUUUCAAAAAAAAAGGAGGUUAAUUUUGUGUUUGACUUUAAGUUGUUGGUCAAUUUUGCAAAAACACCAACAAAUUCACACAUAUCCUUUUCGUCUCACACUAUUAUUAUAUUCGGGGCCCUUUUUAGUUUUGAAAUUUUUUUCUUACAUAUGUAUUAGUUUGCAUGAUUUUUUGGUACCCGAGUUUCUUUAAUUUUUGAAAAUGAUUAGAAUAUAUAGUUUGUAUGAUUUUGGGAUUACAGUUUCUUGAAUUAAUACAAUGGGCCUGACUAAGAUGGCGCCGUGAUGGACCGCAUGCUAAAGAUUCUCCAGCAUCAGGAUUGUCCAAAACCAAUAUUCUGGUUUAUAUGUUUAAUCUCCUCUUAAUUCAAUUAGUUGAUUUGAUAAUGUUAUUUCCCGCGGCGGGAAAAUAAAAUUCCGGUGGCGCCAAAAUCGGAGAAGAAGAGGAAAACCCUAAGAACAAUUCCGAUCCUGUAAGCUAUGCAAGCAAAGAUCAACUCUUUUUUCAAGCCCUCUGCUUCCUCUCCGUCUCCCAUCGCCGACGACGUCUCAGCAACAACACCAGACGCAGACGAUGGUUUAGCCGCGUGGGAGAAAAGUCGAAACGUCAUCGUCAAUACCUACGAGCGACGAUCCGCCACAGUGGAUAGAAGUGAAGUGCUAAAGGGAUGUAUGGGGAAUCCACCACUGAGGAAAGGAUCUUCAUUUGGAUCCAAGAAUCUCAGCAAGAAGCGGAGUUAUACACAGUUCCACUUAGAGUUGGGCCAAUCUGAUUUUCUUCUCAGACACUGCGCAGAGUGUGGAGCUACGUAUGCUCCUGGGGAUGAGUUAGAUGAGAAGAACCAUCAAAGCUUUCACAAGGACUAUAUGUAUGGUAUCCCCUUUAAGGGCUGGCAGAACGAGAGAGUGUUCGCAUCGCCUUCUUUCAACAAGAACCGUAUUGUUAUGGUUUUAUUGGAAAAUGAUUCUCCUGCACACAGAAACAAGGUGCAAGAGGUUGUGAAAAUGAUGGAGGUUGAGUUGGGUGAGGGUUGGAUUCUUCACAAACAUUGUAAGGUCUAUCUGUCUGUCUCAUCUCAGAGGAUUAGUGGAUGUUUAGUUGCGGAGCCAAUUAAGGAAGCAUUUAAGAUCAAAGCUCCUCCUGAGGAUGAAAAACGGUUAAAGAAAGAGAGCUCUUCUUCGCCUUCAACCUCCAUUAAGUUUGGAAACGUUGUGUUGCAAAGACAAGUAUCAAAAAGAUGUCAGGGAUCAGAUGAUAGAUUGGAUAAUGGAGCCAUUGUAUGUGAAGAGGAAGCUAAACCGGCUGUUUGUGGAAUCAGAGCAAUAUGGGUCUCGCCUUCUAACAGAAGAAAAGGCUUAGCUACACGGUUACUCGAUACAGCGAGGGAAAGUUUAAGCAGUGGGUGCGUUUUGGAGAAGUCUCAGUUGGCGUUUUCAGAACCAAGCUCGUUGGGAAGCGCUUUUGGAUCAAAUUAUUUUGGAACUCGCUCAUUCUUAGUUUACAAAGCUCAAGUAGAAAGGCUAAAUUAAAACAAUAUAGCUUUGCAUUUUUAUGGGAUGUCAUGUCACAUUUUUAUAAUGAAAAUGAUUGUAUUAAAUCAAACUCAAUCUACAACAAAUACAAAUAGAGAAGUCAUUUCAAAUGAGUAAAACUCACUUUUUCUAUAACUAAAUUCUAAUUCUUUAAAAAUUAAGUUAACAGUUUAAAUUAUAGAUAAACUCAAAAGUGUCUUUAGAAAGGUUUUAGAAGUAAUCGGAUUAAAUAUAACUCUAAAUAUAACUUUAAGUUCUUCUACACUGAAAGCGAGCUAACAAUUCUUUUACUUCAAAAUGUCUUUAAAAUAGGGGAUAAUUUGCUCAAAAACAAAGGAAAAGAGUGGAAUUAGUAAAAAAAAAAGACCUAAAACUCUCUCUACGACUCAAGCGCCGCCUCAAUCUCUUCUUUCGGAUAUGAGGUCUUCUCUGGCCGGCGCUCCUCGCCGUGCUGUGAGAGGACCUCCUCGAGCUCUCCUAUCUAGUACUAGUCCCUGUGUAGUCUCUUUAGCUUUGCUUGUGGUGGUUAGUGAUGAAGUUUUUGUUCGACGGCGAUGGCGUUUUGGGGGUCGAGCGGUGGUUGGGUGCUGGUGCGUUUCUCGAUGAGGUGGGAUUCUCUGUCAAAGGCGUGUUCUCUCCGCCAGUGGAGAUUAGAGAAUCUGUCAGAUUCGAGGGGGUUUGAGUCUGGUUCGAUGGUGGUACGUCUCGUUGGUUGGUUGAUCUUCUCUCUGGCUCCUCAUGUUCUUGUCUCCGGUUGUUUCGAUGUCGGCGUGAGGUUUGGAAAUAGGUUCUUCCCUCUGUUUGUUCUUUGGGACAAGCUGUAGAGGACUUAGUGGAAGGGUGCGUGAUGUCUAGCUGCGGAAGUGGUUUGGCGUCUUACUUGGGCUUGGGAGUACUGCCUCUGUUCAUUGGAGUCAACUCCGGUGCUUGUUGAUAUUUGACGACGGUCAAAGCUUUUUGCGUGCUCAACUUUGGUUUUGAGAGGAACCGAAGGAGAUAAGUGUAUCUCAGUGCUAAUGCUUCUUUGUUGGUCGAUCGCCGCCAAUUUGAUCAUGAUAGUCUUGGAUUUGGAGUGGUUUUUAUUCAGCUACCGGUUGUAUGAAUAAGACGUGGGAAGCCUUUGUAGGCUUUGCCGUGGGGUGAUGGUGCGUAUGAGGCGCGUGGAGAACCCUCUCAAGGUCCAAUGGAUAGACUUAGUUGGGAUUGAAGGGUGUUUACAACGACGGUUAAGGAUUCUAACCUCUUUAAAUUCUGUUUAUGUGUUGGUGAUGUUCGUGUGCUUCCAGCCUAUCUCUAUGCUCUUCUCAAAUUGUGUUAAUUGUUGAUGAGCUCUCAUUAGGUAUGAUCGUCUUUGAGUGCAAGGUUGAGCACUCCUUUCCUGAAGUUCCUUUCUAUCCUGCCUCAGACAUCUUUUUUCUUCUUUGUUUAGUUUUAAGAGUUUAUGUUAUGUUCAGCUUAUGGCUCUGGGUGGUACAUGUUACCUCGCUGGCUCUUGGCUCCGGAAGAGUAGGCAAUGGCUCUUCCGGCUUUGUGUAAAAUGUUGUUUGAUC